CUUGGCUCGUUCACUCCUCAUUAUAAGGUUUCUGGCUUUACAUCAGUUCAUUUUCUCCAGAAGAAGCACUCUUUAAUUCAUUUGUUUCUCUAAUGGCUCGAACGAAGCAAACUGCAAGGAAAUCAACAGGUGGGAAGGCUCCACGUAAGCAGCUGGCAACCAAGGCUGCCAGGAAAUCAGCUCCGGCGACUGGAGGAGUAAAAAAACCUCAUCGUUUCAGGCCAGGGACGGUGGCAUUGAGAGAGAUCAGGAAAUACCAGAAGAGCACGGAGCUUUUGAUCCGCAAGCUUCCAUUCCAGAGACUGGUGAGGGAAAUCGCUCAAGAUUUUAAAACUGACCUUAGGUUCCAAAGCAGUGCCGUCGCGGCUCUUCAAGAAGCUGCAGAAGCAUACUUGGUAGGGCUUUUUGAGGACACCAAUCUCUGUGCCAUUCAUGCUAAGAGAGUCACUAUUAUGCCCAAGGACAUCCAGUUGGCGCGUAGGAUUAGGGGUGAGAGAGCAUAAAUUUCUUUCUCUUUAGGUCUAUGCCUCUCUUCUAUCUGUCUUUCCCCCACCGAAUGUGUCUCUGGGAGCUAAUAUUUUGAAUUUUGGUUUGUAAAUCACUGGUGAUUUUAGUAAGUAAUUUCUAAUGGGUUUUCAAGUUAAUGCCCCAUUGGCCUUUA